UUAAAUUGGCAGUGUACUCCACCAAAGACAUAUACUUUUUUUAAAUCGAUUGUAGUACUAAUCUAAAAAAAAGUACCAGUUGUUAUUUUUUUUAGCUUGCAAUAAUUGUAUAUUUUGGUAGAAAAAUUAUUUAGACGUGGUAACAUCGAAAAAUGUCUGUCAAAUUCAAAAUGUCUUCGAAGCGGUCUGGUGUAUCUGCGUCACGGCUGGAAAAAAACUUAUUUACGCCAUAGGGGCUACGUGGAUGAAGGGAUACACGAACUUCAUGAAACGCAAAAUAAAACGGUAUUGGAAUACUUUCGCUGUUUCUUUUCAUCAGACAUCAUUUCAGAUAUCGUUCACAAUACAAACUUAUAUUCUGUUCAACAACAUGGCAAGUCUAUACAGUUGACAAAUGAAGAGUUAGAACGUUUUCUUGCUAUUGAAAUGUUAAUGGGUGUGGUUCAAAUGCCAGCAUAUACUGAUUAUUGGGCAAGAAAAACACGAUAUCCUCUCAUAUCUGAUGAAAUGCCCCUAAAGCGUUAUCAACAAAUACGCCGCAACAUUCACUUUGCUGAUAAUAGCAUGGAGAAUUCAGAUCGCUAUUACAAAAUACGCCCUGUUAUGGAGAAGAUCAGACAAAAUUGUUUGAAGAUAGAGGAAGAAGGGCAGUACUCAAUAGAUGAAAUGAUAAUCCCAUAUAAAGGCACGAAAGCUGGGAAAAGGAGGCAGUAUAUAAAGAACAAGCCGAAAAAAUGGGGCUUCAAAAAUUUUGUACGCGCCGGGGUUUCAGGCAUAAUAUAUGAUUUCAUCAUGUACGGUGGAGAUGACACGUUCCGUGAACACACUUUCACAGCCAAAGAAGCUUCACUUGGGGUUGGUGGCAUGGUGGUAAUAGCAUUAUGCAAAACAAUAAAAAAGAAACCAUCUAUCAUAUACGCGGACAACUUCUUUACUUCUCCAGAGCUUAUUUACUUAUUGCGAGAAGAAUAUGGUAUAUUUAGCCUGGGAACAAUACGAACAAACCGGCUCAGGGGUUGUCAAGAUCUGUUACCCUCUGAAAAAGAAAUAAAAAAGAGAAAGAGAGGAUACAGUGCCCAAGUUGUGUGCAAUAACAAUAAGUUAGCUAUCGUAAAGUGGAACGAUAGCAAGGUGGUUACGCUUAUUAGUUCCUACGUGGAUUCUCAUCCUAUAGAAAAGAUAAGGAGAUACUCGAAGGAAGACAAACGUAAAGUAGAUGUUGACUGCCCUCAACUUGUGAAGCAGUACAACAAGCAUAUGGGGGGCGUAGAUUUAGCAGAUAUGCUCAUAUCUUUGUACAGGACCCCUUUCAAGAGCCGACGUUCGUAUUUGGGUAUAUUUUCGCAAAUGCUAGAUAUAUGCAUAAAUAACGCUUGGCUUCUUUACAGGCGAGAUGGCAGAAUUAAAAAGUCUCUAAAAGAGUUUAGGCUUGAUUUAUUUGAAGGACUUUGUCGGGCUGGAAAAAUUGCCAGGUCAAGUGGAAGCAUCGAGAGGGUGAAGGCGAAAAUAAUUCUGAAACCUACAGCUGAACGGCCGGUGGAUAGUGUCAGAUACGAUGCUGUCGGACAUUUCCCAGAAUCAGCAAAUAAGCAAUCACGUUGUAGGUUUUGCAAAGAGGGAAGAACCAAAGUUUUUUGCGUGAAAUGCAAUAUGCAUCUGUGUUUUGUGGUAGGAGAAAGUAACAAAAGGAAUUGCUUCCGCCAAUUUCACACCCAAUAAAUAUAUACCUAUAUUUGAUAAGAAUUAUGAUAAAUAAAGUGAAGAUUGAACUAAGAUGUGUUUCAUUCAUAUUUUGGCAACGUGCUCCACGUAGUACAAACAAAAGAAGACGUACUUUACACUACAGUUGGCAAUGUACUUCCCGAAGUACAUAUAUUUUCGCGAAAACUGUAAUAGGUAGAUUUUUUUUACAUUUUUUUUCAGUCAUCUAGCGUCAUAAUAAACCAGGAAAUAACAAAAAAUCAUUAAAUUAUUAAAAUAAACUUAUUUGCCAA